AGUCGAGAGUGGGGACUAGGGCGCGCUGGGACCCGUCCUCUUCCCCUGGCGCACUGGCUGCGGACUUUUCUUCCCAAACCCCUUACGCGCGGUGAGGAGAGGGGCGCACUCGGCACCCGGCUUUCCCGGGUGGGACUAAUGAGCUUGACCGCUAGUGGCAAAUCCCAGGCCUCCGGUCCUGGAAGCAGCAGAGUCUGGGCCUGCCUGAAGUGAGCAGCCAGCCAAUGUGGAACAAUGGCACUGAGCCACUCGGUGAAGGAGCGAACUAUUUCUGAGAACAGCCUGAUCAUCCUGUUGCAGGGCCUCCAAGGCCAAAUAACCACUGUGGACCUUCGGGAUGAGAGUGUGGCCCGAGGACGCAUUGACAACGUGGAUGCUUUCAUGAAUAUCCGCCUGGCCAAUGUCACCUAUACCGACCGCUGGGGACAUCAGGUUGAGUUGGAUGACCUUUUUGUGACCGGUCGUAACGUCCGAUACGUCCAUAUCCCAGAUGGUGUGGACAUCACUGCUACUAUUGAGCAGCAGCUGCAGAUCAUCCACCGUGUGCGCAACUUUGGUGGCAAGGGUCAAGGUCGUCGAGAGUUCCCCUCCAAAAGGCCAUGAGACUGUGUCCUCGUUAAAGUUCCAGCACCACCUCAGGGACCUCCGGUGUUCUGAGCCAACUCCCGGCCAUCCUUCCCCACCAGUAACAGACAUGUCACAGCGGCCUUUCGUAGGGUUCCAGUUUUCAGACACACCCUGGGACCCAGAAUUCCUUCUGCUGGUGGCCUUGGGGUAGGUGACAAUCCCUCUUUUGGAUCAUUUGUAUCUCAAAUCUCCAUUCACUGAUUGGACCCCGUCCAUCAAGGAGUCGUCAACUCUGGCUGUGAGGAGUACUGCGAGUGUUUGGAGUGAAUCACCUCUAACGUCCCGUUUCUUUUUGGCAUUUGUUUCUUUUUCUCAUAAAACCAAACUUGGAUACACA